AUGUCGUUCGGAAAGCUCUACGGCUUCAAGGACAAUGCCCGCUCUACCGCUCUUCUAGCGGUCGCAAAGGAGAACGGCCUCGAUAUUGAGCUUGUCGAAACUCGUCCCCCCAAUGUCAGCACCGACUACCUCAAGCUGAACCCACUGGGUCGCGUUCCCACCUUCGUUGGCUCAAAUGGCUUCACCCUCACCGAGUCGAUCGCCAUUGCAAUCUACUUCACUUCCCAGAACGAGAAAACCACUCUCCUCGGCAAGACGAAGCAAGACUAUGCCUCUAUUGUCCGAUGGCUGUCCUUCUCCAACGCUGAGCUCCUUCCACAACUUGGUGGUUGGUUCCGCCCUCUCAUUGGCCGGGAUCCUUACAACAAGAAGUCCGUGGAUGAUGCAAAGAACGCUGCCCUUGCUGUUCUCAAGGUCUUUGAGCAACACUUCCUUGUCCACACUUUCCUCGUUGGCGAGCGUAUUACACUGGCGGAUCUCUACACUGCCUCUCAGAUCGCUCGAGGCUUCCAAUAUGUCCUUGACAAGGCCUGGCGUGACGAGAAUCCCAACACCACCCGUUGGUAUGAGACCAUUGUCAACCAGCCAAUCUGGAAGGCCAUUAUCGAGGAGCCAAUCUUUGUUGCUGAGGCUGUCAAGUAUACUCCUCCAAAGAAAGACGCCAAGCCUGUUAAGGCUCCUACUCCAGCUGCACCAAAGGCUGACAAGAAACCUGCCAAGGAGGAGGAGGAGGAGGAUGAGCCCAAGCCAGAGGUAAAGGCCAAGCAUCCCCUGGAGUCCCUCUCCAAGCCAUCCCUCAUCCUCGACGACUGGAAGCGAAAAUACUCCAAUGAGGACACCCGAACCGUUGCUUUGCCAUGGUUCUGGGAGCAAUACAAGCCAGAGGACUACUCUCUGUGGAAGAUUGACUACAAGUACAACGAUGAGUUGACUAUGAUAUUCAUGACUUCCAAUCUCAUUGGUGGUUUCUUCAACCGUCUUGAGGCCUCGCGGAAGUACCUCUUUGGUGCUGCUUCAGUCUAUGGAGUCGCCAAUGAUUCAGUCAUUCAAGGCGCAUUCUUGGUCCGUGGCGACGAGGCUCUUCCUGCCUUUGAUGUUGCCCCAGACUGGGAAAGUUACGAGUUCACCAAGCUCGACCCCAGCAAGCCUGAGGAUAGGGCCUUUGUCGAGGAUCAAUGGUCUUGGGACAAGCCCAUCGACGUCAACGGCAAGACCUACGAGUGGGCUGAUGGCAAAGUUUUCAAAUAG